GCCGCAGGCUUGCUGUAGGAGCAGCCCUGCCCGGGGUGAGCAGUCGCACCGCUGCUUAAGCCACUGAUUGCUCCCUGCCGCCGUUGCGCUGCCGCCUCCGCUCAUCUUCACCCUCACCCUUACCCUCGCCCGCAGCGACGCGACCCUCAACCCAUCGCACCUCCCCGCGACCGCCUCGCCCCACGCCGACCUCGUUAUCCACCUGGCCAUCUGCUCGUCGUCCAUAACGGUACCUUCGCCCUCGCUGCACUGCUCGCCGCACCCGCGAUUCAAGCCCCUCCCGACAUGGCAACCGAGCUCUCGAGCGCGCCCAUCGUCCCGCAGCCCGCCCCAUAUCAACACCACGCGUACAACAAGUCCGCGCAGUAUAUGCCCAUGGGCUCAGGCGCAAACACCCCGCUGAACAUCUCGCCCACCUCGCCGCGCACCACCUCUCACCUCCCUCUGCACACUCAGCAACAUGCCCCGCCCAUCCGGCCGCUGAAGACUCCCAACUACAUCCCAGCUGCGCUGCGCAAGACCGAGAAGCCCAACCGGCAAUCACCACCCAAGGUUGACUCUGCUGUCGAUACUCCCGCUAGCAGCUGGAACGUUGGCAGUCCCUUAGGACCGGCGGCGGGCGACGUGGGUCCUUUGAGUCGCAUUGCGACCGAAGACCUGCACAGCAUCUACAACGAUGUGCCGCUUUCUCCGGGUUCUGGCAAGCCCACCCAGAACCAUUGGCAGCCGAAUGGUUCCGCCCUCGUAUGCACCGCAUCGUCCUGCGAGCGACCGUUUGGUCUGUUCGUUCGGCGUCACCACUGCCGAAAGUGCGGCGGCAUCUAUUGCUGGCAGCACUCGCAGAAGCAGGUGCGGCUCAACGAACAUGCCCUGUUCCAUCCGGAAGGCACCUGGCAGCGCGCCUGCGAUCGCUGUCAUCUCCAAUUCCGCGAGUGGGAGCAGAUGCGUUCCAGCCGCGCCAACAGCGAGAGCUCCGGCAGCACCUCUGCUGUCCAGAUCGAUACUCCCCAGACGAAGCGCCCCGAAGGCCACCGUGUGGGCAGCCUCGGCACGAGCUUGGGAGGCAACUGGAACUGGAGCACCUUCUAGCUCCUAGUCCUUCACCGGCGACCUCCAAACCGGCUGCUUCGACAUUUCUUCCUCUUUACGACAUGAUAUCCCGGAUAGUCGGCAUUCCACUCAUGGAUAUGCGGCUACUCCACCUCUUUCAGGACUCGGAGCUUCCAUGGAGCAUCCGCACAAUUGCAUGGUACCGGGCGUAAUGCAUCAUCAACGGUGGGCGGUGUUCUCCAGCGAUUCAGCGUUUAUUUCCGCGCCCUUAGACCGGCUUCGUUCCCAUGGACGUAUGCUGUGACGGCCGAUAAGAUAUCCACCCUAAUGACUGUUCAUUUCUCUCUUCGAUGUCCUCGGCCGACCGAAGGCAUGAGUGGGAGGAUCGGCGCCUGAUGGCCUGCGUUUUCAGGCCGGUGGGCUGGCGUUCAGGGUUUUCCAGAGGCAUUUUCUUUCUUUAUGGGACUGGCGUUCGAUUGAGCCGCUGUGGCGGAGUUAUGGCUCCCAUGGCGUA